UAGUCGAUUGAGUUGAAUGGCGUCAAGUAGAUGUAUUUUUUUUUAAUGUUUGGUUGAAACUAGAGUGUGACUUUUUAUUUGUUAGAAAAUAAAAGAAGAAACAUCACAUUUUCGUUUGCGCAGACCUUUAUUUUUAUUUAUAAAACGGCUAUUUUCUUUAUCAUUUUGUUUGCGCUUCGUUAAUUUUAUGUUUGAUUGUGGUGUUUUGUUAUUGUUUAUUCAAAGAAUUGGCGACCGAAAAAAUUGUGCAUUGUGUGUUAGUUGAAAUCGAAAAUUUGCAAUGAUGCAAAUGUGGUGGUUGAUGUGUGCUGAAUAAAUAAAUUGCAAUUAAAAUGCGAUAAUCGAUACGUUAUCGUUUUCAUGUGAACAAUAUCCACACAUGAACAAAACAAAAAAGAAGAAGAAAAUCGUGAAUAUUUGGUGAAAAGAAGAAGGUUAAACACGAAAAAAAAAUAUAUAAAUAUAUUAUUCUAUGAUGUGCACAGUGAAUAUCGAAAAGUGAAUGAAAACCAUUGAAUACACUCACACACAAAAACAUGGCCGGUUUGAUGCCGAAAGUAUUCGAAGAGGCUAGUCUUAGUGGAGAGCUAAGACUUAGCGGCCGAAAACUGAAAGACUUCCCAAAAACAGCAGCCAAAUACAAUUUAAGCGAUACGGUCAUCGCAGAUUUAUCUCGAAAUCGACUAUGUGAAUUGCCCGAAGAUGUCACUGGAUUUCCAUUCCUCGAAACAUUGCUCAUGUACCACAAUUCACUACGAUCCAUUCCAGAAUCAAUUCGUGGAUUAUAUUCACUGUCAUUUUUGGACUUACGGAGGAAUUUGCUAACGUCAUUACCGCGUGAGCUAUGCUUUUUACCAAUCGAAGUGCUUUUGGUCUCAAACAAUCGACUGAUAUCAUUGCCCGAUGAACUUGGACGAAUGACUGAACUCACUGAAUUGGAUGCGGCUUGCAAUCAAAUCACACAUUUGCCGGCACGAAUGAGUGACUUGAAAAAUUUGAAAUCGCUUUCGCUACGCAACAAUCAAUUGGUCUAUUUACCACGAGACAUAACUGGUUUAAAAUUGGUUUCAUUGGACGUCAGCUGCAAUCGAAUAGCAUCACUGCCAGUUGAACUGCGGCAUAUGACAGAUCUGGUGCGUUUAGAGCUGAGUAGCAAUCCACUGACAUCACCCCCAGCGAGUUUGUGCAUUAGAGGUUUGGUCCAUGUAUUUAAGUAUCUCGAUACAAUGGCUUUAAAAGAGGAAAAAACACGAAAUGGUGGUACUUAUGAUGGAAACACAACGUUGCGACGGAAUGCGGCCGCAAAACAUUGCAGUGGACCGUUGUCUGAUUUGCAGAAGAUUCGUCGUCAAAAUGUUGACUCUGGUUACAGUACAAGUGAUGGCUAUGAUAAACGUUGGUCGCAGGAAUUGACCACCACCACUAAUUCAAAUGGCACCACAACAGUUACCGAUAAUGGACAUUCUUCUUCAAAAUGGUCACCAACAAUGGCACAAUCAAUAUUUAACAAUGAUAAACAAUCACCAAAUCCUUCAAAUUAUUCACAAUUCCAAUCACAAACGAGUGGUAAUUCAACGCCAACGCUGACAUCGCCGGUGGGAAGUAACAAUAACACACUCACUUCAAGUCAAAGUAGCGUUAGUGAAUACUCUAAAACAAGCGAUUCAGUAGACAACACAAAUACACCAAAACGAAGCUUAAACGGUAACAACAGCAGUAAUGAUGUAUCUCCCGAAAUCGAUAUGUUGAGUGUUAAAUCUGGAGACAAAUAUACAUCAUUAGGCAAUAUUCAAACAUAUAGGGAAUAUAAAGAAGCGUUGCGACAGCAACGAAAUCAAGAUGCUCAUGCCAUUUAUCGACCAAAGGAACCAGCAAAAGAUCAAACAUUACCAACGACGGUGACAACGCAAGAAUCACCGCCAAAUCAGAAUACAUCAAUCAAAUCAAAUACCUCAACACCGACAUCGACUCACAUUCAAAAUGGCUCAAACAGUACAGCGAGUACAAAUUCAUCAUUAUCACCGCAAUGUGCACACAAUUCAACCAUUAAACAUAUUGGUUCAACUGCAAAUGGUUCAAAUACAUCGAAUGGUUCCACUGAAUCGGUUAAUAGUAAUGUCAGCAAUGGAACGACCGUACCAAUUAUAUUGAAAUCACCGUUACGAGGCGAUAAACCAAUUCAAAAGGUUACACCAUCACGAAAUAGCACACCAAUUAAAUAUCAUCCACAACCACAAGUUACUAGUCCAACGAACGGAAAUGUUUCGAUCGCUAAUAAAUUGAAUUCCACGACAACAACAACCAAAGAAUACAAUGCAUACAUUAAACCGAAUAGUCCGGCCAAACAAAACACAAUAAACUGCUCAAAUGGAUCUCCGGCCACGAAUUUAACCAACACGCCAAAAACUAACGGUAACAUUAAAUCAGGACAAAAAAGCCCAAGAAGUGUGUCCUGGAACCGUGAUUCACCAGCCGAAAAAUUAAGUUUUACAAUGCGUCGCGAAUUUGAUCGACAAAAAGAGGAAAGCGAAUUAAUUGAGCAACUACGGAAGGCGAUUGAAAGUCGUUUGAAAAUGACUUUACCGAAAGACGUGGGAUCCGCGUUGACUGAUGGUGUUGUUUUAUGCCAUUUGGCAAAUCACGUUCGACCCCGAUCGGUCGGGAGCAUUCACGUUCCAUCACCGGCUGUUCCAAAACUAACCAUGGCCCGAUGUCGUCGAAAUGUUGAUAACUUUUUGGAUGCAUGCCGGAAAAUUGGUGUUGAUGAGAAUCUUAUGUGCUGUGCCGCCGACGUCCUAGAGGGAAAAGGUGUUGUCCAAGUAUCAAUUACGGUAACGGAAUUGCUUCGAUUUUACACGCCAAACAGAGUAAAGACACCGGUAAAAAAGUCAAUCAAUUCAUCAGGCAUAUCAAAUGGAACGCCGUCACCAACCAAAGCAAAUACAACAAUCACGGCAAUGUUGACAUCACCAUAAGCACCAUAGGCAGAUAUACAAGAUGAUAUCGUACAUUUUUACUGAUUUAGAAUUUGUAUUAAAUUGUUUAAUUGUAUAAUUUCAAGAGAUUAGAAUGAAGCGAAAAAUUAAUUGAACGUAAUGUCAUAGAUAAAACUAUGUUUUAGUCGAAUCCGAGUUUGAUCCCAAUGGGAUUUGAUUUGUUUUAUUUGCAACCAACAAUAAGUUUGUCAUUUAUGAGAUUUAUUUUAUGUGUUUUUCUUUUAAUUCCGUUCAAAACGUCGAAUAUAAUAAUUUAUUAUUGUAAUAACUCAGUUAAAUUGAAAGGCUCGAUCAACUGUGAGACUUUUCCACUUGAAUGUUGUUUUUGAAUGAAUGUAAACAAAUUUAUAAUCAAAUCAACUUCUGUGUCACGAGUGAAAGUAUGACAGUAUAUUUAGAGAAACAAAUUCGUUCUCAACCAUCUAGUUAAGAAUAUUGUAUUUAAAAUAAAAAAUCACAAAGUUUUUUUUAGCGAAAAGCAACAAAACAAUUGUAAAAUUAUGUCACAAAUUUUUAAUCAAAUUUUUUCACAAACAAAAACAAACACAAUUUGAUAUUUAUUGAAUUUAGGCUAUAAGAAUGCGAAGUAGUUUAUUGGGCCUAAUCCAAUAGGUGUAAUUUGUACAAGAAUGAAAAAGCAUUCGACUUUUCGAGUCAGUGCACAAUCGAUUAUUAUAAAUAUAUCUUUGUUUGUAGAACGACAUCUGUUCAUCGGACUAGACAUUUUAGGUAUAAAAAAUAAUAGAAUAUUAUAUGCAAUGGCACGGCAUGAACAAUGCGCAUAUUUGUCAGCCAAUAUUCAUUGAAACGCAGUACAUUCACUAUUUAUAUAAUCCAAUUUAUAAAUAUAAUAAUCAAUUUGAUGUAAGUGCAUGCGUUAAUCGUCAGUGUUUUUUUGAACAUUUGAAUUAGCCAUCGACAAAAAAACUUCCACACACUUCCAAAUAUUAUAGUUACUCUGAAACCCACUUUGUUGUUAUAUCAUCUCAGCCAUCAAGUUCACCGCUCAAUGUUUGAAUGCAUUCAAAAAGCACAUUUGUGGUAGAUAUUUUCAUUUUUUAUCGCACCAAUAACAUAUCCAAUUAACGCUAAAUUGAAUGUAUUAAUAUGAUAAGUGACGCACGCUAGUAAGGUUAAAUAACAACAAAGUGGUUAUCAGUGCAAAAUCUAUUUGAAAUUUCUCAUGCAAUUAGAAUUGCCAAAAACGAAAGCAGAUCUUUUUUAGUUCAACAUAAUUGGCGUUAUUGAAGACUGAUCGAUUUCUCUUCAUUUUGAAUGAUUUUGCUUCAAAAAUGAUUAAAAAUAGAUAAUAAAUCAAAUAAUAAAUCACAAUGGUUGUCAAUGAUCUAUGCUCAGUCACAUAUACAAACAUUUUAAAAAAUCGGAUUAACAGAAAGAAAGCAACUCAAAGUAAACCCAUAAAAUUUCUUCUUAUUGUAGACCUAUAACAAAGAAAUUAUUCGAAAAAUCCAACGAAAUACACUGUAUUUUAGCCACAUUUUGUGGAAUAUAAACAAAUUACAGUCACAAGAAAUAAUAAAAGCAAAUUAUUGUAAAAACA